ACCCGUCCCCGCCGAUCUUUACAGAGAGGUGGAGAGAGUGGUUCUGCCAGACAAUCUUUGUCUUACUCUUGGACAGUCUUCCAGACGUUCAAGUGCUGGCUUUAGACAAGUGGUUAUAACUUGCACACUACGUAUAUAUUACAGUUCAUGCGAGUCUUAUUGUAGGUGGAUGUUGCCACUUGAAAUCAGGAAUACGAUGUAGUUAAAAUCUCAAUGUAAUUCUACAUUAUUUUUUUACAAGUACGCUUAUUCCCCCACCCAAAAAUUUGGUUCUUGAUGUUGGCUCCUCUCUUUGCAUGGACUCCGCACGCUAUGUGUCUCUCUCUAGAUCUAGAGAUCUCCCCUGCACCCGCGCGCGAAGCUCCAUAUCUACUGUUGAUGAACAUAGUUCGUUCUGGCAUGGAGCUAUAAAACACAAGGCAACAUUUUUGGCAACACUUCAAGUGAACUUUGAUCAGUCGACAUCGCAAUAUAAAUCAUCAUUGCCAGAUACUGAUGGUACACUGAUUGCAGUGGGUGUAGACAGUUUAGUACACGUAGGCCUACGUCUAUCAUUCAUUGACUAUUAUACAUGGCCAACUGAGCCCGGCCAGAAAUAAUUCCCAGCCUCAACCACGCCCAUCUGGAUUGAGAAGUUCAUGGUUUAGGUUCGACUGAAAGGUUGAAAAUGGGGAACAAAUUAGAACAUCCGUCGGUGGAGCUUCCCCCGGAGAAGCUGGUGAUGGUCACAGGUGGAAACACUGGGAUUGGAUAUGAAACGGCAAAGUCCAUUGCGAAGAUGGGAGCAAGAGUGUGCAUUACAAGUCGCUCAGAGGACAAAGCUAAAGCUGCAAUCGAGCGAAUGCAGACAGAACAUCGAGAUGAAAUGCAGCAGAGAAGUCAUGGGCAGGCGUCAUCUCCAUCCACCAGUGAAGAGAUCAAGCCACUGAAUGUGGAGUACAUCAUAGUGGAUCUCGCCUCGUUGCAAUCCACCAUGGACUUCAUUCAGAAGACCAAGGAGAGGAUGCAGUACCUUAAUAUCUUGGUCUGCAAUGCUGGCAUUGCCUUUGUCAAACAAGAAUACACAGAGGAUAAAUACGAGUCGCAAUUCCAAGUCAACUACCUGUCACAGCUCCUCAUUGUGCUGCAUCUCAUGCCGCUGCUGCGGGCUGGUGCCCCCGACUCCCGCAUUGUUCUCCUGUCAUCAGACGCGCAUAAAAGUGGGAAACUAGACCUGGACAACAUGCAGGGCCCCAAAUCCUUCAGUCGGCUUACAGCCUACGCCUCAUCCAAGGCCUACAUGGUCAUGGCAGCACACUUUCUUGCUCGGAGACUGGAAGGGACCGAAGUGAGCACUUUCUCUAUUGAUCCUGGACUUGUGGACACGAAUAUUAUGAAUAACUUCAGUGAUUUGAAACUGAUGAGCUUUUUCGUUGGAGCUUAUAAAAAAUUUGGUAUGAUGCGUACUCCGAAACAGGGGGCUGCUACAAGUGUCGUGGCCUGUGUUGAUCCAAGCCUUCGUGGGAAAACUGCAGUGUUCAUGAAGAAUUGUCGACCUGCUAACCCUGCAACCUUCUGUUGGGAUGGCAAAAAACAGGAGGACCUUUGGGGUUACAGUCUUGGAUGUCUCAACCAGUUCAUCUCUGAUGGUGUGCUCAAAGAAGCCUUCCCAUCAGCGAGGCCAGAUCUGCUGACCAUUCCCAAGGACACAAGGACAGUCGAAGAGAAGAUUGCUGAUGAUUCAGGGAAGAAAGAAGGGAGUUCAGAUGACAAAGAGAUGGGAAACAAAUCCAAAGGAGGAGAGGCAUCUUUGGAGAGGAAGCAGGAUGAGGAGCAACCAGAGAUAGAGUCUUCAUCUGGAGCUACAGAGGUACCCUCUGAAAAAGUCAAGGCAUCGCAGGAACCAUAUGGGGCUAAUUUAGAAGAAAAGAUACCUGAAGACACACUCAAAGAUGAAGACAACGAACCCAAGGCAUCCUCCAAACAGGAGCAGACAGAAGAGCAGCCGAAAAGAGAAUUACCAUCUGCAGCUGCAGAAUUACCCACUGAAAGGGUUAAGGCAGAGGAAAAACCCAGUGGGCAGGUUUCAGAGGAAAGGGGCGUGACAGAUAAUGCAGAAAAUAAGUAAUUAGCAGCUGAGAACUGCAGCAUCUUCAGAUAAUAAGCAGGUGUAGAACAACCAGAGAGGGAACCUUCAGCUCAGCCAGCUUCUGUAAUUGACCAGACAUCAGGAGAACCGAAGGCAGAUAAUGGGGAAAUCUGCAGGAGAUGAGGUGCAGAAGUUCAAGAAGGUGUACCGACCAAACUUGGCCAAAAAUUAUCAAAGUGGACUCCAUUAAAGAGAUUUGUGAUGAACUGAAAAUUUGGUGAAAUCUAAAUAAUAUUCAAAUUCACAAGGUUUAGGUGUAUAUUAAAGACCACAAGGUAUCGAAGAAAGAUUAAACCUUGGCAGAAACUGCCAGAGAGACUAUUUGGUCAUAGUACGUGAUGAGAUCCAGACUUGUAGAUAGUCCAGGCAAAAUACUUUAUUUUUGAAGUGAACCUCACACAAAUUGCAACAGAUUUUUUUGUUCAUCACAUUGCACUUAUGUAAGGUCCCUAGAAUGGUGUAGUAACAGUCUUAAAAAUCCAAGUGGUGGAAAUAUGCCUAAUUUGCAUAAAUCGUUAAUACCUCUCCGGUAAUAUAUUUCAUCCCAUAUUUGGGUAUAUAUAUAUAUUUUUUUUUAAAGUUUAUUUUAGUGAUUGUACUUACACAUCCUUACUUCAAUAACACAAAAUUCACAACAAAAAAGAUUAGUGUUGCGUACAAUAAUUGUGUCAAUGUCAGAAUGUUUUUUUACCAAUAAUUUUGGGAAUUUCCUUGAACUUGUUCAAGUCCCACCGUUAGGCAUCCCAUCACCUUCUUUUCAGCCCCGAGUUUACGGACACCUUGUUUUCCCUGUUUUUUGUUUGCUGGGCUAAAUAUCACAAUGUUAUCAUUGUUCACAUGAUUUUCAAUAAAGUUUUAGUAGGGGAACUGUGCCAGUAAGCAACUUGGUGAAUUUGAAGCUCAUCGGUGUUGAGGUUUGGCAAGACUACUUGAUGAUAUCUGGAGAUGAUGUCUCUAGAAAAAAAUCCUGGAGACGCCCAUACUUGUUAGUUUACAAUUCUCAAGAUACAUUGUAUUUACUUCGGACGACUGGAAUCAUUGAUAUUUUCUUAAAGUCCCUUACUUAUUAAUUAA